GUGUGUGUGUGGGCGCUCUACGGAUGUAAAUUCUAAUACCCGAUAAUUAGCAAAGUCGAGCCAAAGUGUCCCUUAUUGCAACUGUCAUGCUCUGGCCGAAGCUAAGGCGCCUUCCCCGUUGAAAUUGAACCACGAGCCAAGGAGUCCUACGUCUACGAGCAGGAGCAAAACAAAGUAAAACGCAAUUCCACUGCGAUGGCGACGAGUGAAGGGGCGAGCGAGUGUUGAAAAAAUCGGAUUUUAUAUAGGAACUGGCCAAAAGUCGGCAUAAACAGUCAGUCAAAAGCACGGAAAACCAUAAUCAAACCCAAAUCCAAAGGCACAGAAUCGCUGGCGGUUACACACAGAUGAGACAUGCAAAUAGUGCGGAUGGUAAAAACGAAUCGCAGCAGCAGUGGACAUAGCGGACUAGAGCAAUAACAGUAUAGGCGAAGACCCGAUCGUCUCUAGAAUUAGUGUCCUGGGUGACAGAAUGAGGAGUGGUCACAUACUCGCCCUGCUGGGUUUCUGCCUGGUCUGUCAUGAGGCGACAGUGGUCGGGGGUCAUGUGCUGGUAUAUCGAAAAACCACGAGCCAGUUAAUUGAGGAAUUUAAUGAUCUGCCAGCACAAUUCGGAUCCGAACUGCCUUCAAAUGGUCUUAAAGUCUAUGUAGUUCCCGCCAGGCGCCCUUACUACGGUUGUGAUGGUCUGGACAGACCCCCGCACUUGAAUUACCCACCCACAGCCAAAUUUGUGGCACUAGUAUCGCGCGGUGGCAAAUGCACAUUUGAGCGGAAGGUACGAGUGGCCCAGAAUGCAAGCUAUUCUGCUGUGAUUGUUUACAAUAACGAAGGCGAUGAUUUGGAGCAAAUGUCCGCCGACAAUUCUUCGGGCAUAUUCAUACCAUCGGUUUUUGUUGGCCACACGUCGGGAAAAGCCCUGGCCACUUAUAACACACCCGAGGUGGUGCUAAUCAUUAACGAUGAGCUGCCCUUCAACAUCAAUACCCAGCUGAUAUUGCCCUUCUCCAUACUGAUUGGCCUAUGCUUCAUUAUCAUGGUUAUCUAUAUGAUCUACAAGUGCAUCCGCGAGCACCGCCGCCAGCGUCGCCAUCGACUGCCAAAGAGCAUGCUGAAGAAGUUGCCAGUGCUCCGAUACACCAAGAAUAAUGCGAACAACAAAUAUGACACUUGCGUGAUUUGUCUGGAGGACUUCAUUGAGGACGAUAAGCUACGUGUGCUGCCCUGCUCUCAUCCUUAUCACACACACUGCAUCGAUCCCUGGCUUACCGAAAACCGGCGUGUCUGUCCCAUCUGCAAGCGCAAGGUUUUUACGAAGCGCGAAGCGCGUGCAAGUCGGAGUCGACAGCCUUCUUUGGAUAAUGUCACCGAUACAGAUGAUGAUACCACGCCGCUGCUGCAGCAGCAGCAGUCCAACGGUAGACAGACGUCCCAGGUGAACUCCGCCUCCUCGGCUACUGGAGUAGCUGCCGGGAGCAGCUCGAGUGUUGCUGCGGCGGCUGUCGCCGGAACUACACGGCACGGUACCUUUCGACGUGGAGAUGGUGGUCAAAAUCCCUUUGAGGAGUCGCAGAGCUCUGACGAUGAGAACGGUACGUCUGCUGCCGAAAUUGAUUCCCUGUCUGUUGAAAUUGCUAAUCGCCUUGCUUGGGCAGCCCUGCUGGACUAUGCUGUACGUCCGGCCACGUCUUCUGGAGCACAAGAACGCAUCAAUCCCUUCGAUCGUGCUCCUAAUCUGCCGGCCCACCUAGCCGAACAGUUAACUGAAGUUCGACCCUCGGUCUGGUCGCGCAUCAAUUUUUUCUCGUUCUUACGCCGCCAACCGACUGCGAUUAGUGUGGCGGCGCCACCAUUUCUGGAGCACGUUGAGUCCGGUACCAGUGUCAUAGGACUGCCGGCAACGGGGACAAUUGCUGUAGCCACGCCCGCAUCGAACAACAUCCUAAAUCCGAAUUUAAGCGGCUCCUUCAAGGACGACGAAGAUAUGCCACCGCAUCGCUCGAUCUACGAACCGAUAGCAAUCAGUACGCCUGCGGCAGACUCGGCAGCCGUCGACGAAUCGGCGUUCCUGCAAACGCCCACGCAGGGAGGCAUAGGCGUGGCUGCCCUGCCGCACAGCGCCUCCGAUCGCCAGUUUCUCAUAUGAGGCGAGUUAGUUCGCCCAGAGUCCUUUGCCUGGAGGUUGUCGGUGAUCGCCGACUCCCGAACCACAAACCCGGUUCCGAGUUUUUUAUUGGGGUUUGCGAUCAAUGCUGUGGCUGCCAGCUGCUUUGUUUUAAACAAUUAACAAAUGUUUAUUAUUAAUAUUAAUAAAUAUGUAGCCGAACCUUGUGUUGGACUGUGCGCUGUCCAACUUCCAGGACACCCACCCACAAACACCCACACAGACACAAAACACUCGUCAUUUAUAUGCGUAUACAAAUUGUGAUUUAUUUUAUAUACAUUUUACAAUUAACCCGAUUGGCAUAUUAGAUACCGCCUCGCUGCAAACUCUCAACCAAAAAUUUAAACAAUAUAUGGAAAACGAAGAAUACCAACUUACCUAUCAAUUAAGAUUUAUUUGUUUACCUGAUUCGCAUUAAUCAUUGGUUCUGUUUUUUCAAAUCAAGCAACACUCAGACACACCUAUUAAACUGAUUCACUAAAAUAGUCAUGUUUUAUUCAAUAAGUGGUUGUUUUAUUUCGAUGUUUUUGAGAACUGUUUUCCAACAAAAUCACAAUGAAAUUAGUUAAAACGCAUGAUUAUGUGGAAUUGGCCCGUAUAUUGUACAUUAUUCUCGAUUUAACUAAUUUUAAGUUUACUAUAUAGAAUAUAAAACUAAAUCUAAUGAUGUAAUAGAUUUUCAAACCCUUUUUUAAAAAAGGAAAACCUUUUUUUUCCAAAUAUGAUCAAAUUAUAUUUCAAGUCAAAGUCGUUGCCACACUCCACUUAAAGUAGAAAUCUUAGGCGCUAGUUUGUGAUUAUUUUCCCAAAAAAAAAAUACAUGCAACCAAUAAAAGCUGUUCACAACAAAACGAAAUCAAUUAGGGCAUAGAUGCAGAUAUAUAUUUAAAAAAGCUGUGGCAGUGUAAUCUAAAUUUAAUUUACAUUCAACCAAAUAAACGUAAUGGAUAUAAAAUAAUAAAUUGCUUUUUCUUACAAAAUAA